AUGCAGCAAAACACCCCGAGUGUCCCACCGGUCGAUCGCACCGACUCCAUACCGUCGGAGGCCGCCUCCCACGCAACCGGGGCCGAACGCCCCCCGUCGCGGGGCCACCAGCGACUUGUGUUCACCGAUGCGGUUGCCCUCCGAUACCUCGAAGAAGAUCCUUCGACCGAUGUCCUCCAGCGACGUGUAACACUGCAAGGGUAUGAAAUUUAUGUCGUUGAGCAAUGGGCCUGCUCUCGCGUACACCCGACAUUCAUUAUCUCGACCUAUACCGGUGACCCUUCGCACACAGUGAUUGUGGGAGUACUGAGUGUUCCGAACAAUGAGGCUACCUGGUCGCCUCGCUUGCGGAUGUACUUUGAUGCCAUGAAGCAAUGUCACGCUAGAAGGAAGGAAACACCACUAGGGACGGUCAUGGUCACGGAUCUGGCCUCAUUUCCUUCUGCCCUGAGUCUGAUCCCAAUACCCAAUGGCGAUAUCAAAAGACACCGGGAGGACUUUAUUGUCAAUGAAGACUUAAAAAGACUUGGGUGUGCAGGCCGCGCGGGCUUGAGGCUUCAACCACCCUCAGCGGCGACUGAAGCCAAGUUUCAUCAGCUGUAUCGAACGAGCGAGAGUAUUCCUUUAUACCAUGCGGUAAUGGAAUUGGUCAGGCAGUGCCAGAUUGCAUUGAUGGUGUUUGACAAGCUAGCCCCAGAAUAUGUGGACGGGCUACUUUGUGAUGUGACCGAGGCAGCUGUCAGUGAUUGGUGGACAGAUAUUGGGACAGACCUGUACAACAUUGAACCGGGCGAUCAUGGCCUAGGGCCCACCAGCGUGGCUGCGUUGCUGGGCACGUUGCUUGGAGCUCGAAAUCGACUGCACGCCUAUGGUGCUCCCGUGGGGAAAGACGCUUUCGACGUUCCCAAUCUAAAAAGAGGAAUCAGUGGAUUCCAAAAAUCUCAAAAGAUAAAGCGGUCGCGCAGAUUGGACCGACUCACAUUGGACCGGUUACACCGCGUCACGGCCAAGGCUGCCAAUGCAGAAGGCUGGACAGAAGCAGUGAAAUCAACCAUGGCAGAGCUCAGUGGACAGGGCGGUGAAAUGGUUAUGGGGAUGGUUCGUGGGCGCGACAAAGGUGGAAUUGCCGAUAUUGAAACCCUGGAUCUUGAUACCUUCGUACAGUGCUGCAAUGGCGAGAGAGCAAAGUGGCUGUGGCUGGGUAAACCGCGCAAGAGUGGUAUUGAAGACGGGUUCUCUCGCGGGACUGGAUCGGAUAUGAUGUUUACAACCGAUGAACAAGGCGGUUAUGUCUGGACUAGUCGCAAGAAGCAUUCGACAGAUGACCUGAAUGCUGAGCGAGUGAGUUUGGGGCUGGAUCGCUCUUGGAAGAUGCCAGAGCCGACCUCCGAAGAAAAAGAUCAUCGAAGGAAGGGCGUUAGCGGACGAGUAUCAGACGCGCGAGCAGGGUUAGGACGCUUCAAAGAUGCAGUAGGACUGCAGGGCCUUCGCCAUCACCAUCAUCCUUCACGAGACAGCUCCGAGGUGACACAUGACCUCGCAUACCAUCCGUCUAUUGAUAGUGACAAUGAGGCACCGUCAGCGAAGACGCGGACUGACUCUGGGCUCCGUACAGGAAGAAGUGUAACAAACGAUAUCGAAGGGCUCAAUGAAGAGGAAGAGAAACCAGAAGUGUUGCAGCCUCCUGACCCUGCAUUAAAUCCUCCUGAAAUUCAUAUUGAAACUGUACCAGAAGAUGAGCAAGAAACACAAGCUCAAGACGGGUUUAUUGCACAGCAGCCUCCAAUCAUCGAGGAAGACUCAGAUAUGGAACGCGUCUUUUCUCGGUCGACGGCAGCAUCAACGGAUCGUGAACGUGACCGCGAAGGCUCGAUCAGUGGGAUAGCUGUCAUGGCCCUGCGGCGGCCACAAAGCUUCGAAGAAUUCCGAAGCCCUGAAAGUGAGAUUGAACGGCGAGACAGCUUCUGCGCACGCCACCUCUCGUUCAGCUUAGUUGAAGAGGUGAUAUUCAAAUGGGAGCCAAUAGGCGGGGAACCAACGUUCAAAGAGACCGAUAACCUGGAGGAGGCCAUCGUUCAAGAGGACAUGCUUGCCUCGGAGGGACGCAUCUUCAGCUCGCGCAUUCAGGAGUUGAGCCAGCAUACUGUGCCUUGGGUUGAGCGACAAGUGGACUCUGUGGAAGGUCUCAACCAGCUGCUAUAUGACCAACACGAUGAACUUAACUCAGUCUACUUGGAACGUUUCGCCGACUACCAGCGAUUGCGCGAACGAUCCAGUGACAUCCUCAUAGAUGAAAGUCACCACCUCGCCGAUGGCGUGAAACGCGUCGAGUUGCUGGGCGCCAAAUUAGACUACGAAUUACACGUCCUCGAGUCCAAAGUCGACGACAUGGAAGCUGGUCUGGGCGACUUUGACCGUCACAUUGAAAAUGUCGAGACGAGAAUCAAAGCCCUGGUCAAAGGCGAGGAACAACACGACACUUCCUGGACCGCAUGGAUAGCGCGAUCCAUGGGCUUUUCGACCUAA